GUCGCCAACAAAUAUUUUCGGGAAUGCUACCUCCGAAAGCAUGGAUUUAACACAGCAAAGUAGCCAUAGGCCUGGCGUAAUUCAGUUUAAGCAAUUUUUAAAGUGAUUAACUUUGGUGCGGAGCAAGAGGAAUUGUAAUGCAAUCGACUACUGGAAAAUGCCAUGUAAUCGAGAUGUGAUUUGAUAGCUGCUAGUGUGGGAAUUCUGAACAAGUGAUGACCGAAUGAGAUAAUGAGAUACUCAUUCUUAAAGCUGGGAAAUACGUAGAUACGAAAAAAAGUAAAAUAAAAACAAAUCAUCGCAGGGUGAUCUCCACUGAAAGUCAAUAUUGUUUUCAUAACGUUGAGCCGAGUCAUCGCGAGAGACUAGAAGUACUGCAGUACUGUUCAUUACUGUAUUCUUAUCGGGACGUUGUUGUUUAGGUACUGUUGUGUCGUCUGAAUAAAUUUAAUGCUUGAAUCUGAAUUAAUACUAUCCGAUCUGGUGGCUAAUGUUAGCAGUUAUAUUAAAAAGUUAAAGAUGUGAGCAUUAAGUUUGUUUACGCUACUUCAUACAGUUACACGUUGUCAUUCAUUCUCUCGUAUUUGCCAUAGACAAAUUUUGUCAGUGUUGUUUGUGAGGACACACACACAAUAUAGAUAAACGAUUCUUGCGUACCAGCUUCUCUGAAGAUAAGCUGUUGGGCAGUAGCGGUAUAAUAUUGACUGCAUCAGGAAGAAAAACACCAAUAGGAGACGUACCGUAGCAGAAAACUCGCUUCAGAUGCUAGUAUUAACGAUUUAAUUACUACGAAUAACACUUUUGUGUCUAGAAGCAAUAAAAUUAGAAAAUGCCAGUACGAGGUAGAUUUGGCCCCUUGGUUGGGGCAAUAGACGAAGGAACAAGCAGCGCCCGUUUUCUGGUAUUUUCUGCGCGGACUGCAGAAGUUCUAACAUAUCACCAGAUCCAUAUAGCACAAGACUGCCCUCGUGAGGGAUGGGUUGAACAGGAUCCAGUAGCAAUUUUAUCUGCAGUGAAGGAAUGUAUAAAUGAGACUGUAGAGAAUCUGAAGAAGCUGGACAUUGAUCCUGCUGACAUUGUGGCCAUUGGAAUAACAAAUCAGAGGGAGACAACCAUAGUAUGGGACCCAAAAACUGGAAAGCCUUUGUACAAUGCAAUAGUCUGGCUUGAUGUAAGAAAUACAGAGACAGUUGAUGACUUAUUAAAAAAUGUACGUGACAGGAAUCAAGACUACUUCAAACCUUUAUGUGGGCUUCCAGUAAGCACUUAUUUCAGUGCUCUGAAACUGAAAUGGAUGAUGGACAAUGUUCCUGAAGUACGAGAGGCAGUUAAGAAUAAGUCAUGUUUAUUUGGCACUGUGGACACUUGGCUCAUAUGGAAUCUUACAGGAGGGCCUAACGGUGGUCUUCACAUAACUGAUGUUACCAAUGCCUCAAGGACAAUGUUAAUGAAUAUUCGCACACUGCAGUGGGACAACACUCUUUGCAAAUUUUUUGGUAUACCAAAAGAAAUCUUGCCUGAAAUCAGAAGUUCAUCAGAAAUUUAUGGAUACGUUGCUGCUUCUCCUUUGGAAGGAGUGCCUAUUUCAGGGUGUCUCGGUGACCAGCAGUCUGCUCUUGUUGGUCAAAUGUGUUUACAUCAAGGUCAAGCCAAGAACACUUAUGGAACUGGAUGCUUCUUACUGUAUAAUACAGGAACAGCUGUAGUGCACUCAAGUCAUGGCCUUUUGACAACUGUAGCCUAUCGCAUGGGAAAAAAUACUCCUCCAGUUUAUGCCCUGGAAGGUGCCAUUGCCAUUGCAGGUGUUGCAUUUAGUUGGCUGAAAGAUAACAUUGGUAUUUUGAAAGAUAUUGCUGAGUCCGAGAAUAUGAUUAAAGAAAUGACAGCUCAUCGUGAAGUUUAUUUUGUUCCAGCAUUCUCUGGACUUUAUGCUCCAUAUUGGCGAAAGGAUGCUCGCAGUGUUAUAUGCGGCCUGUCAGAAGAAACAACUAAAGCAGAUAUUGUGAAGGCUGCUAUGGAAGCAGUAUGCUUUCAGACACGAGACAUCUUAAAUGCUAUGAAUAAAGAUUGUGGAAUUCCACUAACAAGACUUCUUGUGGAUGGUGGUUUAACUGUAAAUGAUACAAUUAUGCAGCUGCAGGCAGAUUUGUGUGGAAUCCCAGUUGUCAGACCACUGAUGACUGAGGCAACUGCUUUAGGAGCUGCUAUAGCUGCUGGAAGUGCAGAAGGGAUAGAAGUAUGGGAUUUGCAUGAGGUUCAGUCUGUUCCCAGUGAUGUGUUCAAGCCAUCAAUAUCAGAGGACGAGCGUGAUAUGAGGUACUCGAGAUGGAAGAUGGCUAUAGAGAGAAGUCUAAACUGGGAACCAGAGGCUGUUGAAAAGGAAAUAGAUAAGGAACACUGCAUUCGGUCGUCGAUACCAGUUGGCCUGUUUGUUGUUUCUGCAUUUUGUCUCUUGCUAAUUGCCAGACAAUUAAAAAAAUGAAUAGAAUUGAAAAUUUUAGAUCAAAAUUUAUAAAUAAUGCAGAACAGUAUUCAAGUAUCUGUACAAUGAAAGGAUGUCGUGGAUGACAUUUUGUGGUUUCAUUAAUGUGGCCUUCUCGUUCUGGCCGGCUCACAUACUUGUUGACUUCUUGUGCUGCAAAAGUUAUAGCUCAGGGCUGUUGUACUUACUGAAGAAUAUAAUAUUUUUGUAAUAUAUAAUUUGAAGAAGAAAUGUUAAAAGACUUGUAAUUGCUGUUUAUUUGUCAGGUUAAUGAGAUUGAUGUCUGCCAAAUAUCGACAAUAUCAGGUGAAUCACACUUGUAUUAGAAAUGAAACUGAUAUAUUUGAAGAGUAUUGUAAUGUUUUUAAUGGUGAUUGUGGUGGAGUACUUUGUGGUGGACUGUAAUUGUAGUUCUUUUUAAUUGUUGGUUGUUGGGCACAUGCUUAUUGUUCCUUCAAACAUAAGUGGAGUUAUUAUUUUCAGUAAUAUUACUCAUGUACUUAUACGGCUGGUUGUGAUUAAGUGUGACAUAUUGAAGGAGAAUUGCCAUAUUGAUUUUUGGUAUCUAUCAUAUAGUACAAAUUAUGAAUAUUUUCCUCUUGCAAGUGUUUGUAGGAAAAGCCAUUUUCCUUUUUUAAAUAUGUACUUGUUUCAAAGAUUUUGUGUGUGUUUCUGUGGCUGACUAUGCUGCAGACGUGUGUGUGUGUGUGUGUGUGUGUGUGUGUGUGUGUGUGUGUGUGUGUGUGUGUGUGUGUGUGUGUGUUUUGGUGAGAAUGUAUGCCAUUAGUAAAAUAAUAAUAUUCUUGAUCAGUAUUAAAAAACAGUGUUAUCGAUAUUCAUUUUAUUCCCUCCUAACUAGAAAAGUAAAUAUCAAGAUUUGACUCUAAAUCAAGUGACAGAGGGAGCAAAACAUACUCACUGACACAAGCACAAGUCAAUGCAAAUGCUUUUACUACUUUCUUUUUUCUAGAAGGCUAAAAUUGAUUAGAUGAUGUAUACAUUGGUGUAGCUAUCAAACAACUUCUUUCAUGUGAACAUUAGAGAAAAAGCAUUGUUUUCACUGUGAAACUUAUGUGGAGGCAUUUUAAAACUGAGAUUAGCUCUCUGAUUAUCAUUAUACUUUUGCCACUGAUUGCUUCAUCUGUCACAUGUAUACAUCUGUUCACGGUGAUACAAAAGCACAUGACAAUUUAGUUUACUUGUUUAUUAUAAAACUAAUGAAUUAUUGAAAUAGUGAGAAUGCAGUGCUUUUUAAUUGAAAGGUGCUCAUAAUCCUCAUUUAUUAAAGAGAUGUUCCUGCUGUUUUAAUGCAAUACAUCUUAGAAUUUCAUUUUACUUUUAUUAGGUUCACCAAACA